CCUAAGUUCCAAUUGCACAGGGAGCAGAAGCUUUAAGCAGAAGCAAAGCCGAAAUUGAUAAAUCCAGAGAGGUUCGGAAUUCUCUCUUCCUCGCAACCUCUCUCGCGCUGUAGAAAGUAAAAACAGAUCAGGCGAAGAUGAUGAUCAGAGUUCGCAGCAGAGAUGGCUUGGAGCGAGUCACCGUCGACAACUCCCAUAUUACCGUCUCUGGCUUCAAGACCCUAAUCGAGAACCAGCUCAGAGUUCCUGUCCCCAACCAGACCCUCUCCACCAACCAGAAUUUGCUCCUCGCCAAAACCCUAGACGACCGGAACCGCUUCACUGAUAUGUCUAACCCCCAAUCCCCGAUUUCUUCUAUCGGAAUCUCCCACGGUUCUAUUAUUUAUCUCGCUUACGAGGGCGAACGAUCCGUCGCCGGACCGGCCAUCCACCAGGCCGGUUCGUUCGGGAAGAAGAUGACCAUGGACGAUCUCAUUGCCAAGCAAAUGAGGAUUACCCGCCAGGAAAAUCCGCACUGCGAUUCCGUCUCCUUCGACCGGGAUGCCGCUAAUGCUUUCCAGCAUUACGUCAACGAGACACUGGCGUUUGCUGUGAAGCGGGGAGGGUUUAUGUACGGUUCGGUGUUGGACGACGGGAAGGUUGAGGUGAAUUUCAUCUAUGAACCGCCGCAGCAGGGGACGGAGGAACAUUUGAUCUUGUUGAGGGACCCUGAUGAGGAGAACCUAGUUGAGGCGAUCGCAUUGGGGUUGGGAAUGCGGAGAGUAGGGUUUAUAUUCACGCAGACGAUCGGUCAGAACAAAAAAGAUUAUACGAUGUCGAAUUCGGAGAUUUUGCAGGCGGCCGAGCUUCACGGGCAGAGUGGGCUCAAGGAGUGGGUUACGGCUGUAGUUAAAUUGGAAGUAAACGAAGAUGGUGGUGCAGACGUCCACUUUGAAGCGUUUCAGAUGAGUGAUAUGUGCGUUAGGUUGUUUAAGGAAGGGUGGUUCGAGACGGAUUGUGGAGAAGGAUUUGAUCCCAAGCUCUCUCGGAUGAAGAAGGAUGUGAUGGUCGGAGUAAAGGAUACCAAGGAAGUAGACAACGAUUUCUUCUUGGUAGUGGUCAAGAUUAUGGAUCAUCAGGGGCCACUUUCAUCGGCCUUUCCGAUUGAAAACAGGAAUACCCCAGUGACAAUGAAGGCACUGAAGAAUCACCUGGAUCGGGCAAAGAGUCUUCCAUUUGUGAAGCGAAUAUCUGAUUUUCAUUUGCUGCUUUUGCUGGCUAGGUUUUUGGACAUAAAUUCAGAUGUUCCUGCAUUAGCAGAGUGCGUGCAGUCACAAACAACAGUUCCAGAAGGCUACCAACUUCUAAUCGAGUCUAUGGCCAGCGCUUCUUGAUGUCGACUGCAUUGUCUGGCGGGUUGGAUGAGUACGGCACGGCUGAACUGAAUAUGUUGGCACGAAGCCAUCCGCAUUUGCAUUCUGGCACCUUUGGAUGCCAUCGAAAAUUGGUUGGUUGCUUCUGAAAGUUGUUUCAUUAUAUAAGUUAAACCAAAGGUUAUAAUGUAAAAGUUUGGAUGUUUUUAUUUUAUAAAAAACGAAAAAAAUGUCAGUUACGAUAGCUGUAGUGUUGUACUGUUGUAGGCCUGUAGCCUAAUAUGGCCUGAAAUUGAGUUAAGAGGCAUGAAACAGGUCGGAUCUGUGGGUUUGAUCCAUAUCUAAAUAUGGGAAACGGGUCAGCACGUGGGCUUGGUUGAAUUUGAA